AUGUCUUCCUUCUAUUUGAAAAUAUAUGAUGAUUUAGUUAAGUUCACUGAUUUUUGUGACUUAAAUAAAAUAUUGUCUUUUAUAACCUACAACACAGUAGGAGGUAAAGGAUACAGGGCUGAAUUAUUUAAUCUUAUUAUAUCUGAUAUUAAUAGUACAGAAUUAUCUCUUAAGACUAGUUGUGUUUACGAGUUGCUACAGAGUGCUUUUAUUGUAGCAGAUGAUGUUAUGGAUGAAUCUUGUAUAAGACGGGGAGUAGAGUGCUACUACAGGAAGAAAGGGUUGAUCUGCUUGAAAUACGCACAGUAUCUUAUUAGUGCACUAGGUAAAUAUUUAAGGAUGGUUAGAGGAGAAAAUGAAAGAUCACCGCUAAGAGCUACAUAUUAUAAUUGUAUACUUGAUACGUGCCUAGGUCAAAUAUUAGACUCUAAGAAGAAGAGUAAAGAAGAAUAUUCUGUAGAAUUUUAUAACCGUAUUAUUGAAUACAAAACAGCAAUAUACACCUUUUAUUUACCACUAGUAUCUGGAUAUUUAUUUAGUGGUAGAAAAGAACCAUCUUAUUUGUAUGAGUACUGUAAGAUAAUUGGGAUGAUAUUUCAAAUGCAAGAUGAUUACUUAAACUUCUUUCCAGAGCUCAGUAAAAAAUCAGGUAAUGAUUUGGAAGAGAAGAAAUUAACUUAUUUUACCUGUAAAUUAGUUAAAGAAGAUUCAGAUGAAGUUAAUGAAUAUUUUAGAACUGGAAUAGUAAGUGAAGAGAUACUUAAAAUAGUAAAGGGAUAUUUCAAUAUUUACAAUGAAGAAAUAAAUAAACUUAUUGCUAAGGCGGAAGAAAUGAAUGAUGUAACUGACAGUAAGGUACAUAAUUUAUUAAUUUCUUUGUUAAAAAAGAGACAAUUUAAUAAAUAA